AUGGAUGAUACCGAAAAAUCUUUACUUGAAGAGAGUGGAAUCGAUGUGUCUAUUGAUACUGCGAAUCCAUUAUUUAAUUAUCCAUCCUAUUUAAAAGUAUUCGAUAACUUAGGAUUGGAUAUAUUCGUUAAAAACUGGUUCUUUCAUUCAAAAAGUCAAUCAAAAGAUAAGAAUCGUUUAAUUAUUGAUGUUGAUAAAAGAAUUUUACUUUCAGAAAACUUGGUUACCCUUGUUGCAACUUUACCUAGUUUAUGUAAAAAACUUAGAGAAUUAAAUAUUCGCUUACAAGUUAUGGACAUGCACCUUGUGAAUCUUAUACAAUCACAAACUAAUUUACAAUGCUUUAAAUUAGAUUGUUCUGGUAACAUCGCUCCUGCUAUAUCAGCCUUGCAAUAUCAAUCAGACUCUUUGAUUCGCGUAGAAUUUUCACACGUUCAAUUUAUUGGUAUUGCUCUUGAUGCUCUAGCAUCAUGUAAAAAUUUGCAAACCUUAUCCUUCAUUAAAUUUUUGGAAUCUGCAAUUGAGACUGCUAAUUGUCAUUUAAAAGAACUAUUCAUGAAUAGUUCUUCUCCGAAAAUAAUAGAAUCCAUCACAAAGUUUUGCCCAAACAUUAAAAUCCUAGAAAUUGAUAUCAAAACGUCUUCUACCAAUCAAUUCUUGAUUUUAUUAUCAAAAUUAGUUCAAUUGGAACGUUUAUCGGUUAAUUUUUUAAUUUAUGAUACGAGUGAUUUCUUAAUAUCGUUGCCUGUUGUUCUUCCUACCACUUUAUUUAAUCUUAAAUUAUACUUUCAAAAUACACCUUGGAAUUUAGAAUAUUUUCUUAAAAAAUGUCGAGCACCUAUACAAACAUUAAUUGUAUUCGGUAUAUUGGGUGUCGAUGAUGAACAGGUUGGUUUUAUUACUCAAUUUGCAAAGGAAAGCAAAACACUUAAAAAAGUUAUAAUUAAUGAUCGAUUGGGAAGGAGGUUGGUUUUUUAUAAAAAUUCUGAAGAUUGGACAACUUGGCCAUUAUAUCUUGAAAUGCAAAACUCCCGUAAAAUUAAUCAUUUAACAAAAUUUUGUCAAGAAUUUGGUUUAGAUUUUUUAACAUUUGAUCAUUACGCUCAUGGAUUAUCUACUGGGUCAUUUUUAAAUGAUCCUGAUGGUAAUGUUACCAUAGGAAGAUGGCUUAAUGAUUUGUGUUUACUUAUGAAACAGGAAACUUGUGGUCCUCAAAUUUUAGUUGGUUCUAGUAUGGGUGCUUGGUUAGCUUUAUUAGUAUUAUUAAAAAGAAAUGAUUUAAGAAAUAGAGUAAAUGGAAUUAUUGGUGUGGCUCCUUCGAUUAAUUUCACUGAAAAAAUUUGGAAAGAAGAGUCUCGAAAACAUUAUUUACACAAAGAAAUUAUUGAUGUUAAGAAUAUCUCAUGUCCUAUUACGUUUAUACAUGGACAAGAUGAUAAUGAUGUCUCGUAUCAUGAUACUUUAAAAUGGGCAAGGAUGUUGUCCCCUGAUGAAAAUGCAAGAGAAAAUGUCAAGGUUGUAUUGAUACCUGAUGGAGAUCACAGAUUGUCAAGAGAACAAGAUUUGAAAAUUUUGAAAGAUGAAAUUGCUAAGAUAUGCUUUAGAAAUAAUUCUUGA